AUGAAACUCACCAUUGAUACCAACUCUCCCAGCGCGGUGACGAGAUUCCAGGCCUCCGCGGCGUUUGAUUUGAAGACAGGGGCAGUUACAACCGCUUUGGAUUUGGACGAAUUCGAUUUGAAAACGUUCAUCAAAUCCGCGUUGCAACUCACCUUCCAGUCCUGCUGCUCCUACUCCCUUCAUUUAAACCAGAUCGCAGUGAGUUUCGCGAACGAGAAGAAGGAGAAGCUCGAAGAUUCCACCGCUGCGGCGGGGGAAACGCACUCCAUCUCCAUCUCCUUCUCCUUCGCUAUCCCCAUCCCUGGUGCGGGGAACAAAAUUGAACCAAACACCAAAAACCCAGCCGUGAAGGGAGACUCGAUUCUGUUCUACGCCCAGAAAAGCGGCGGGCGAUUGAUCCCGGUUUUGAGACGCAGUUUAGAGGUGGUUUCCGCGAGGAUCAAGCCUAGUUUAACGUCUCCGGAUGACUUCAAGAUCACGAAUGUUUUAGCCACGACGGAUAAAACCUCCCUUCGGCAAUACGUCCAGGCGAAUUUUGAAUUCGGUUUGGCAGGGGAAGAGCAGUCAAUGGGCUCUUGGUUCCAAGAUACCGUGGCGAAGGAGCUCGUGACUGCUGCGACGGGGGUUACCACGACGAAGGAUGCCGCGCGGUUGGGUAAUGCGGUCGAGGGAACAUUGGCGUACGCGGUGCCGAAGAGAGGAGGGGAUAAUUCUGCUGCUAGUUCCUGUGAGUUCGAUUUACAAACAAUCACGUCUUUAACCGACAUCACUGACACCGCCGGCUUCACGCUUGACCCUAUCCCGACCUUCGCUGAUUCCGCGAAGACGAAGCAGAUGGAAGAAACUAGAAGCGCGAACAAAGACACGUGUACCGCUUCUGGAACUACUUUCCCGCUCGCAACGUGGCCAGAUGCAACCACUGACUCCGCUACGAUCCUCGGCGAGGGGAUUUCGAAACAAAUGCCGUUAGAUAAGUACGGGGUUUUGACGAUUGAAUUUGGGAACUGCGAUAACGUUUUCACAAAUAAUGAAAAACUCAUCGCGGAUUCCGAUUUCGAUAACUCCGGGACCAAAGCGGAAGUCGAUAAUUUAGACAAAGUCGGGCAAACGGUAAUUGAAGUCGACGGGAAAAUCCUGGAUUACGCGAACCCGGGUAUCAAAUGUAAAAAUGUCUGGGUCUGGAAGAAUGCAACUUGUCAUGCUAAAUCUGAGUCAUGUAAAAAUCUGUGUUGCAUGAUUACCAAAAGUCGUCCAGUUUUGACCAAGUCGGGAGGGAGUUUCUCAUGCAGGAUAGGCAUGAGAGAGAUCGCACAGAAUCUGUCAUGCUAGGUCCUGCAUUCCAGACCUCAUGGGUCAUGGAAAAUCCGCAUGACAAAUCGCGCAUUCUUCCAGACCCAGACACUUUUGCAUUUGAUACCGGGAGAAACAAAGCAAGUGAAAAUUCCCUUUCACCCGGGCGCGAAAAUUAAGCUCUACAACGAACCUGGGCGGGAUCGGGAUUCUGGGGUUAUCACGAUCAAAUCGAUUAAGCAAGAAUGUUCCACCGCGACGACUUUUGGAACUACGUGUUCCGGGAAAUGCGGUUCUGAGUGGCAAUGCGAAAGGGUGAAUACAGACACGACGUUGUUCGGGUUACCAGCGUUGUCUGUCCAGUAUUUAGAUCUGCACAAAGAUUCUUCUACUGCUAAAUACCCAUCGCAAAAAUACCUCGCGGACCGCGUACCGAAUAGCAACUAUCCAACGAUCCCGGAAUACGGGGAUUACCAGUGGACUGGGGAUGCAGACUCGGUAUCUGGGAAGUACCAGUUGUUGUUAGCCCACGUUCUGCAGAAGCACACGACUUACUACAGUUCGAACGAGUUGACGAAUAUCGAUCCGGUAGACUACAACAACGUCAACUACGGGUAUUCCGGUCUUUGCUGCCCGCGUCACACGGAGUUCUGCAUGCCGGCGGGCUCCUGGCACGUGAUUGUGCCGAAAAAGUGGCGGGAUCCGGUCGGGAACACCGACAUGCGCAAAAUCGCGAAGAUUUGCGACAGCAUUGAGUUGUGUGUUGCGAUGCAGGUGAAACACGAUGGUGAGGAUUUACAGGUGGAACUGUUUUUCGACCGGGACUACAGCUCAACUAGAGGGUGGCCGAACAGCUACCAAGGCGAUCUAACCGGGGGGUUAGACGCGGCUAGUUUUACGCAAAACCUCAAACGGUUCCCGGGUGUAUCCAAGUACAUCUGGAAGCAGUCCGAAGCCUGGGACCACAACUACGGCGUGUCGCAAUCCACGAAGAAAGAGCAGUCCCACAGUUGUUUCCGGAAAAAAUUGACGAACAAAUUCCCCUCCGCGGAUACCUACCGUGCGGUAAACACGUUCAAAUCCCCCAAUAUCGUUCUCUGGCCGGACGAUGUCGCGUACGACGCGUUCGGCAGCGUUCCGAACACUGGUAAUCCGAACCGGCGGGGGAAUAAGGUUUCUGUCCCCUCUAAAAAGCAGUCGGAUGCGAAUGGAGAUUUCUACUACGAAAUUUUCUACAAGGUUCGGGCGUCGGAUUCUGCAAUUAUCCACGGGGCGUGCGGGAAGAUGGAUGGCUCGACGAAGAAGCACAUCACGAUGCACUACCGGGACGUGGAGCCGGAAUUUAUCCACUACUGCUUUGAGGAAUGCGACAAGCACGACAACUGUGUCGGCGUUUCGAUCAUGCAGGGCCGGGAACACAAACUCCCAGGAAUGAAGCACCCGAACAUUAGCAGAAACAUGCGAAGCCGGUGUAUGAUUCACUUCCACACGACCUGCCCAAGUGCGUCCGCGGAGUGGACGGACGCGUGCAGUAAAACAACAGAUGACUUCGGGAUUUCCUCCGCGCCGUAUUUGCUCCCUUCGUCCGCCACCAACGCGAUCGACGAAACCUUCAGCAUGAACGGCGGCGGCUGCUUCGUCCGGAAACAGAAGGUUGAUUGGAAGAAACAGCAGUUCUGGCAGGGGAACUUGCUCACCGGCGAACUGUGCGCCACUGGUAGCUGGAUCGAAAUCCCUGCAACUGUCUUCACCAACGCGGGGUUAGCAAAUCACGCUGAGAAAAAAUCCGCCUGCAAAUCCCUCUGCUACGGGGUUUAUCUUCGGAAGGACCAGGGGUGUAGCAGUAUGGCGUAUGAAGAGCAAAAUAGUAAAUGCUUUCUCCUGUUGAACAAGAAGGACACGUAUCAAGCAACCGCUUUUCUCCCGGUGGAUUCGGAUUUGGAUUCCGCGAAAUUCAAUUUGAAAGUCGCGGGCGGGGAAUUGAAACUCCCCGAAACAAAAUUAGCAGAACCAUUCGAAUCCUUCUCCUCCGUCAUCCCAGGAACUGACCCCAACGCGAUUGUCUGCCUAGCUUGCAACGGGGAAAAGACGUACACAACCAUCGCUGACGUUGAGAAGGAUAAGUGGACGGUCGUCGCGAACCGGAAAUUCACCGAGAACGCGCAAACACAACAUGGCGAAAAAGUUCUCUGGGACAAGCGGAGUGCGAAUAAGGAAACGUGUGCGAAUACCGGGGGUUUGGUUUUCGCAGAGUGGUUGGAUGCUAGCAAACCCGACGAAGCAACGAUCACCGCGAUGCAUUUGGAGAAACAGUUCGACGAAUGGGCGAAGAUUUCCAUCACGAUCGGCAACUGCGACACGGUUUAUACCGGAAUCCGGACGAAUAGCUACACUGAGAGCCCCGACGCUAUUGAAGGAGGGUACCGGGUGAUGGACCGAAUCGGCUACACAACGGUGGAGUUUAACAACAAAAUCGUUGGAUAUGCCGGCCCGGGGGAACAGAAGACAAUCGAAAUCAUGGUCCACCCGGGGGCGAAGGUGAAGAUCGUGAACGAAGCCGGGCGGAUCAGGGACAGCGGUGUUAUCGUUCUGUACAAGAUCAAAUCCGAGUGCGUGAAUCUGGUUUCGGAAGAAACUAAUCACUGUCAAUCGAAAAAUCGGUGCACCGACGAGCAAUACCGCGCCGGAACCGGCUGGGACUGCGAGCGUUUACAUCUCGCGAAAUCGAAGAAAUCGGAGACAGCUUACCCGUUGAACGACGGAAUCAAGUACCGACUCUUCGAUCGCGAUCCGCUCACCGGGGGCCAGGGGUCCUACGCGAAGAUCAUUAACGAGAAUCACCAGGCUGGGUUUGGUUCGAAAGCUGGGUGGACGGUGAUCAAAGAUUCGCUGGUGGGUAUGUACAAGUGGGAUGAAGAGGGUAUGUCCGGGUAUGACGAGCUGCAGGCGAACGGCGACACCGGGCACAUCCAGACCAAGUGGAAUGAUAACGGCGGUUUGAUCACCGGGGGACAGAAUUUCCCGGGCAGGUGCUGUCCCCAGCACGCGGCGUUCUGCCGAAAUGUGGGUUACUGGCUGAUGGAGUUCCCGACGCAAGUUCGCGACCCGAAGGGGAACGAGGAUUUGGCGAAGGUUACGAAGUACUGCGAUCAGAUCACGACUUGCGCGGGGUUUGAGACCGACAUGACAAACAGUGCGAUUUUCAAAGUCCGGCUCUUCUUCGAGUACGAUUACCGCACGGAGAACGGGUGGCCAUUGGAGAUUAUGCAUUGCAAAAACCUUGCACCAUCAUAGGACUGCAUGACAAAUUUUUGUAGAACUAGAAGGAAAAACCUGUCAUGCUGAACACGUCAUGAGAUGCCAAGCCUGUCAUGCGUCAAAUCCGAUGAGGUGUAACAAGGUAAACUUUUGCGAUGGAUAAUUAUGGGGAAGAACUUCAAGCAGGACAUGGUCGAUUUGAACUUAUCAACAGAUAAAGACAUCCAGAAGAAGUUCCCCGGUGUGGCGAAAUUUGUCUACCAGAAGCAGGGCGCCGGUGGGGAAUACUUCCCGUCGAACGACGAACUCGGCCGCAAUUACGACACCGCGCACGCGAAAGUUUCCCGGGCGAGUUAUGCUGAGUAAAAACGUCCCCACCCCAGACUUGUCAUGCAAAUCUGCAUGCCAAAAAAGUUUCUCAUGCGGAGCCCCAUGAGAAGCAUUUUCUAGUCGUGUUUUGGAGUUUGUAAUGCUAGAAUCAGCAUGAUAUGCUAGAUCUGUGAUGCUGCUGAACUAGCGAAACAGGGCCACAUUAUGAGGGCAAACUUGUCAUGCGAAACAGUGAAAGCUGGUUGAUUUGUCUAGCAGAUUUCCCAUCUUGACUCUGGUGUGGGGAUGUUUUUAGUCAGGAUACGAGUUACUGGGAGGGACAAGGCGGGCUGGCUCAGGGCCGGGACCCUUAUAACGAUCCUACUCUCACCUCUCCUGGGUUUGGCAUCGGGCAAGUGAUGCCGCCGUUUCCGGAGAACAGCUUGAAUCCCAAUAACAAGUGGCAUUGCUUCAAGAAGCGGACGCAUUCCCCAUUCCGCUCCGAAGAUUACUACCAAACCACUUGGAAGGAGCCGAAUAACGAGUUCUGGCCCGACGACGGCUGGGGUGGUUCCUACACCGGCGAGCCGGCGAAACGACCCAACGAUCUCGGGCUGCACAAGUACAAGGAGAUUUACACCAUUCCGUCGAAUCUUUGGAAUCGCCACGGGCCGUAUGGCGACGGCGGAACCGCUUCGAACGGGGGAAUUGGGGAUAAAGCUUACUACGAGGUCCGGCCGCAUCCAAACCAGGAAAAAAGCGCAUCCCACGGGUUUUGCACGUUGAGCGGUGAUCCGAUUACAACGUAUAAGAUGCACACAAGGACAGUCCCCCAUGAAUUACUCCACAAGUGUUUCGAAACCUGCGACCACUUAGCGCCGUAUUGUAUCGGAGUUUCAGUCAACCGCGGGCGGUACUGGUGGCACGCAGCAAGAUAUCCCACGAAAAAAAUGUUUCACUGUGAUGAUUUUGCAAGAACCGCAUGAUAAUUUUGCUACACAUGACACAGAAAAUUUGCCAUGCGCGUUUCCCAAGGGAAAACACGCUUGAAAAUCCAAUGUCUUGCAGUUAUAGCAAGACAAAUAGUUUUGUGCUCCAUUUUCUGCAUCACAGAGAAGCAGUUUUUUCGUGCGAUACAAGAGGGGUGGAAGGGAACAGGUACGGGAACGAGAUGGAUCAUGAAACGCAGGUCCGGACCGGCGACAUGAUCCCGUUCUUCGACGUGAAAUGCCACUUAAUGUUCACCGAUGCGUUCCCGACCACGAGUGCCGGUUUCACCGGGGAUGGUAUCGCUGGGUCACCAACUGAAAAAUCUGUCGGCCUAGGGGGGCAGAAGACCUGGCCGGGGUUUUACGACGAAAAGUGGGUGGAAAAUGGCGGCCCGAUAUGCAAGAAAAAAGCUGUGUUAGUAACUUUUUUGGGUGACUAGCAUUACAAAUCUGUCUAGCACGACAGGGAGAACUUGUCAUGCGCAAAUAAUACGCCAGAUAAUCGCUUGAAUGAGCCCUACCAUGCAUGACUAGCAUGACAGACAUGACCCAUUUCCUUGUCUCGCAUCACAGAUAAACGCUAACACACUUUUUUCCUCGCGAUACCCGGCUUCGAACGGCUACCAAUACGACUAUUGGUGGGAAAAGCGGCAACCCGCGCUGGGGAAGUCCUAUUCCCCGAACACGAGGACUCUAGACAUGGAAAGGUACUACCACCAGCAGUACUACGAGACGAUGAAGCCCUAUGGGCCGACCGUGUGCUUCGCGCGCUGCGACGCCCCCGGCGUGGGGAGCGAGUGCGCGGUGAAGUACGAUCGGAAGAAGUGGUGGGAUGGGACUCUCUGGUCCGAGCCGGCGAAGAGGCCGUGGCAAGCGUCCACAACCUACACCUACGAGUGGGACAUGGGCGAGAAGGACACGGACUGCAUGUCGCACGAGUGGGUUUCGAUCCCCAACUCCAUGAUUCCCAGUUCCAACAACGGCAUUGCCUUCGAUGAUACAAUCAAUGAUGGAAAGCCAACAAUGACUCGAGAUUUCUGCCAAGAUCUCUGCUACGGGUCCUUCAAAUACGCCGACGUCACUGGGAAGAAGCAGUCGCGCUGCCGUGCCAUCGCGUUUGACGAAACAAGCAACAAAUGCCGGCUGAUGAUGCAGAAGCAGGGGGGUUCCAACCCCUUAGCUCCCGCAAAUGCGAUCGCGACGCAGUUUGAACUACUCUGGCCGAAGAACUUCGGAAAAGUGGAUCUCGUCACGAACGCGUUUAUUUGUGACGCGGUGGCGAACCCUUCCACCUGCUACAACGCGGUAGCGGCCAGGGGUGUGAUCAAGGAUUCCAUGCAGCUAGGUUCAAGCUCCGCGAACGUCGAAGCAGUCGCGUUUCCGCCGGCUGUGAUGCAAAUCGGGUCCAAAUCUUCCCCCGCAACUAGUCGGUCCAACGUGCGAAUUGGUGCGUCGAAAUCGGUGGAAAAAAGAAACCAGGACAGCUACAUUGAAGCAAGGUUUGUUCUCAACCCUGGUGGUACCGGGACUUUGGAACCCGCAAUGGAGCAAGAGCUGAUCGAGAAGAUGAAAAUUUCCGCGUAUCUGACUGUCGUGAAGCAGAAGUUCCUCUUCCCGAUGAACUUAGUCGACACGGAAUACCAUUUCGAUGCAACAAACUUUCAGUCCGCGGUGGAUUCCGGAAUUCUCUCCCUGAACCGGAUCUCCGUGGUUUUAGGCGAGUCUUCCGCCACCGCUGCGUACCCGGAAAGGACUUUCGUGAUUACCUAUCACUUCCAAACGGCGGACUCUGGGAUUGUGGGGGAGGUCCUGCGGUUUGUGAACCGGGAUAGUUAUUUGAAGACACUUACAGACGAGUUGAAGGAGCAGUGUAAAUCAAAUACCGCGCUAGCUUCGACUUUGAUCCCGGUGCGGCCGCCGGGGGUCACGGUUCCGGACACGAUCACGAAGCGGAAGGACAAUUUGAUUACCGCGAAUUUGCUUUCCUUCAGUGAGCAGUCGGGAAUGAAGAUGUUUUUGCAAGUGACGAUCGAAAAUGCGGCUGAUUCCAAGCAGAAGGUGGAGAGAAUUCUCCGCCGGAAGUUGGUCGGCUCUAAAGACAACAACUGGAUCGCGCGGUCUAUCGCGACUGGGUUGAACUCCAGACUCGGGUUGGGCUUGACCAGCAACCACGUGGCGGUUCGAAUCAAGGAAAUCACGCUAUCCGCAGCGAAAACCGGCACAGCACUCGAUGGAAUAUCAACUGUAAAAAUGUCUGGGUCUGGAACAUUCUGACACUUGUCAUGCACGUUUUGCAUGUGCCCUGAUGUCUGUGAUGCGUGCCCUAGCAUCACAGAUUUUUUGAGAGCUUCUUGUUGCCUAUUCCGCAUGACAAAUGCCCUCGCCACGUAGCAAAAAUUACAUUUCUUUUGGUACUCAUGCAAUACAGAUUUUUCUGGAAUCCAAAUGCAGCAUCACAAGUUGCAUUCUUCCAGACCCAGACAUUUUUACAUUUGAUACGGAACGACCACAGUCGACUGCAUGGAUGCGGAGAUUUUCUUCUCCUUCUCCAUCCCAUCCGCCGCACCGAGUCUGCAACUCUGGUUCAGCCGAGACGGGGCAGCCAAGCAGUCCGCGGUAUUGGAUGCGAUUGAUGCGAGCGUCGCAACGCUGUCGACUUACAAGACGACGAAGAAGUCGGAAAUUACCGGUUCUGUGAAGCAAACCCGGUUUUUAGAAACCGUGGUCGACGCGGAUUUAUCCUUAAACUACAAGGACGUCAACGCGUUUGACAACGCUGGGGUGUUUGAGAAGUUGAUUUCUGUUGCUGCGGAUUAUCGAAUGCAAAUGAGUCUGGGUCUGGAAGAUUGCGAGACUUGUCAUGCUGAUCUGGCAUGACCCUUAACUCUGUAUUGCGUAGCCACGAACAGCCUCUCGCUCCUGUCAUGCAAAAACGCGGUUUCUCAUGUGGAAUACGCAGCACAGAAGCGCGGAAAAACUUGUCAUGCUUGGCGGCGCAUUACAGUGCAUUUGUUAUUGACGGACUUGCAUCACAAGUUUCCAGACCCAGAUAUAUUUGCAGUGCAUACGGAGGUGGCGUUCGCAAACCGGAAUUCCGGCAGCUUCAGGUUGGAUUCUAGUACCUCUGCUUCUGCCGAGGUAAAGCAGAUUUCCGAUUUGUUGACCUCCCUCGACAUGGAACUGCCGAUAGCGAGCGAGUUGAUAGUUGGGUUUGACGCGCGGGAGCAUUCGCCUGUCACGGAUGACAUGCUCUGUUCGUUCGACGCCACAACACCGGUGAGUCGGAAGCGCAAGGUGGUUUUGACCCUUCCCUUCACCUGGGAAGAGCAUUCCACGGUCUCCGGGCAGCAGGAGUCGUUUGUGAAAACGUUCGAGUCGUUCGUUGGAUUGUUCUAUGAGGAAGAAGGCGGGACUGCGACCAUAAUGGCAAACCACUUGAAAGCGGCGUUGAACAUGCUUUUAGAUGGUGAAAAGGUCAUGACGGUGGCGAAUUCUGUCGCGCCGGCGGCUUCGAAUUCGCAAGUCACGGGCUUGACCUGGAAGGGGUACAAGAGCAGUAGUAGUUCUUCUAGUUCAUCUUCCUCUUCUCUGCGGGCUCUGACCAGCUUGGAAGGGAGAUUUAUCAAAUGCAAAAAUGUCUGGGUCUGGAAGAUUCUGAGAUUUGUCACGCAGUUUUUCCAAGCUCCACCGAGUCUGGAAUGCAGGGCCUAGCAUCACAGGGUCCGCAGCCCCUUCGUGAUGCCUGUUCUGCAUGAGAAAUGCCCUCUCAGCAUGGCCAGAAGUACGCACCUUUUGCAAGUCACGCAGCACAGAUUUUUGUAUGAUCCGCAACAUGCAUCACAAGUUCGCAUCCUUCCAGACCCAGACGUAUUUGCAAUGCAUAAGAUUUGAACAACAGCAAGAACAACUCGAUUUCGCCCUCGAGCACAUGGAUCUUUUGGACGAGAACUACGAGGAAACCGCGGCUCUCCGGGAGUUAUCCUCUUCUUCUACUUCCACCGCCGCUGUUGAGCCAAAUUGGUCCGCGAUGGCGGCAACAACGGAUCUGUCCCUCCAGUCGAAACCCCGCGCGUUCUUUCUGGAAGUGCCGGUGGACUUGACUGUGGUGCAUUCUCUGACGCAAUUCUACAGCAAGGAAUACAUUUCGAUUCUCUUGAAACAAGCGACGUUCGAUUUAGUCGAGGCAGAAAUCGUGAAUGUCGGAUCUAGUAGUGAAACCGUCAGAACCACUGCUUUGUCCGCCUGGAAGCAGAAAUUGGAAAAACUAACCGGAACGGUUUCCGCCGGGAGUCCUCGAACCGGGGGGCAGAACAGAGUCGAUAUCGAUUACGAAAACGACCCGGUUUUGCUCGUCGAUUGCCGGUUUGAUAUCACCAGGUCGACGUCCCUUUCUGAUGCUGCUUCCACCGAUAAGGAUUUCGCAGUGAAAGAAACAGCAAUGGUUUUCCUGCAACUCCAGCAAGCGGACUCGUUCGUGAUUGGACAAAUCUUGACGAUUAUGGCCGAUCAAACGAAGUUGCUGGCGAAACUACAGGGGCAAACCUCUUUAGGUUCGACUGGCGCGACCAUCUUCCCAGAGUUGAAAAUCCUCUCCCGGGAUGGUCUCCAGCAGGUCCCCGCAGGGGAUACGGUCAUCCCUUCCCUCGCCGUUUCGAAACUUCGGCUCCCCGUCAUCGCUGACUUGUUAAUCGACGAAAACGCCAUGUUGAAGCCAAACGGCACGGUGGUUGCCACGGAAGUCGCGGACGCGUUCCGGGAGUUGCUGGGGG